AUGAAAUUUCCAAAAUCACGGAUUGGGGCUUUAGCUGUGUGUUCAGAUCCUGUGAAGCGUCUGACACUCUGUGAUGAUUACUGUGUGACCAAUAAUGAAUUUUUCUUUGAUCGAGACCCAACGUUCUUCCACUACAUCUUCCAUCUUUACUACAGUAACAUGCUGUGGGUAAUGGAGAGUGUGUGUCCUAUUUACUUUGAGGAAGAACUUGAGUUUUGGGGUUUAAACCUGAAUGACACACCUCGCUGCUGUCGAAUCCUGUACGAGGAAAAAGUGGAUGAAAUUCGAGACCAGCUGAAGGUGAAUAAAGAACUGAUGGCUGAAAUCGAGCCAAUUCACAAUGAUGAGGGUUUCAAAACAAUGUUUCUGGGCGGUUUCCGUAAGACUCUUUGGGAUUUAAUGGAAAAUCCAUACUCGUCCGUUGGGGCAAAGUUCUUCGCUGUGUUGUCCACCACCUUUGUGCUUAUCUCAAUCGUGGCCAUGACUCUAAACACUGUGAGUGAGCUGACACUGUAUAAAAUCUAUGGAAAAACAUACAUGGAGUGUGUUGAGAUCAUGUCAAUUCUCUUUUUCACUUUUGAGUAUUUCCUUCGGCUCCUGACCACCUGCGAUGUGAAGAAUUUCCUGAAAAGUGCCCUGAACUUUGUUGACUUGGUAGCUGUGAUGCCGUAUUUUAUUCAGCUGGUGUUUGAGGUGUUUUCUGAUCAGGAAGAUCUGAGUGUUCAGGACGACCUCAAAACAAUGUCACGAGACGUGACGGGAACCCCCUUCAGCAGCAUUCCAGAUACGUGGUGGUGGGCAGCCGUGAGCAUCUCCACUGUGGGCUAUGGGGAUGUGAUUCCAGUUUCAUUCUCUGGUUGCGUUGUGGCAUUUGGCUGCAUUUCAUUCGGGAUUAUUUUAAACGGAAUGCCAAUUUCUAUUCUGUUUAAUAAAUUUUCAGAUUAUUACGCCAAACUCAAAGCACAGGAAUAUACCAACACUAAAGUCCAGCGCAGUCUGCACCUUAGAAAACGCUUACAACAAAAGUUAGGUCAUUGUUUUAAUCUACAAGAAAGUCAAACCAACAAUGAAACUUUACACAUUGGUUAAUUACAUUCUGAUCAAAUGUGAAUUUAUGUUUAGUGGUAUUUAAUAAAUGUUAAAGUUUCACCUAAAUAAAAGCUCUAUUUUUGGUUUUAGAUAAAUAUUUUUAGUUAUUUAUGCUUCUAGGUGUGUAUUUAAGGUGUAUAUACUCAUCAUGACAUUAAUAUUAAUAUAGCAGAUGAUAUUUAACACAUUAAGGUAAAACUGAACACCACUUAUCUUAUCUGUGGAGAUUUAAUCCAUGUCCCAAACAGUCAAAGUGGUUUAAGGAUAACGUGUUAAUCAGCUUUAAGUCUUAACGCAUUAACGAACAAACUGGAGAGUCUUUAUUGGGGUCUGCAAUGUGAGUUUGUGUCAAAAAAAAUUGAAAAUGUCAGAAAUGUAAUAAAUGAAAAUGAUUAUGGGUUAGUGUUAGUGUUUAUUCUGAAUUGAUUUUGAUUUUUUUUCUUACAAAAUUAUAACUUAUUAUAAUAUAUUAUAACUUUCUGUUACUACAACUUGGAUCUGAGAUUUGUAAUAUUAAAUUUCAAAUGAAAUGA